AUGGUUAUAAUGGAUGGUCUUAUCGGAAGAUCAGCGCUGGAAGUCGCCAGCAACAUGCUGAGGCUGAUGCCAGACAACAGUCUAGGACAGAUCAAGUCGGACGGACUGUUUGGUCGGCUUCCAGACCUGAUCAAACUGGACUUCAGAAACAACGGUAUAACAGUGAUAGAAGACAACGCGUUCGACGGCGCUGCCAACAUUCAGGAGUUGCUGCUGGACGGUAAUCUCCUGCAGACGGUCACCGACAAGAUGUUCUUUGGACUGCACAGUUUGGGCACUCUAUCUCUAACAGAUAAUAAGAUUAGAUGCAUCACUCCAGCCGCCUUCGAUCACCUGACUAUGCUUGCUACACUAAACCUGGAGAGCAAUCCCCUGGAAUGCAACUGCCAUACUGCCUGGUUGGCGGGCUGGCUGCGCGUGCGACGGCUCGCCCCGGGGGCCACAUGCGCGUCGCCGCCGCAGUUACGACAAGCGCAACUGCACGCGCUCGACCAGGCGGACUUCAAGUGCGAACCUGAAGACAAGGGCUGUUUAGCGGCAGAUUACUGCCCCGCUCAGUGCUCUUGCACCGGUACUGUUGUGCGAUGCUCACGCGCACAACUGACGGCCCUACCCAGUAACAUACCGCGGCAGACCACUGAAUUAUACCUAGAAUCCAACGAUAUAACCAGCAUCUCACCGGAACAAAUCCAGCAUCUAACUCAACUCACUCGCCUGGACGUGUCCAACAACAAGAUUGGUGUGCUCGCGAACAACACCUUCCAGGGACUCACGAAACUGUCCACGCUCAUCGUCAGUUACAACAAGCUGCGAUGUGUCCAACGCGACGCCCUCAAAGGCCUGACACAGCUCCGCGUCUUGUCUCUCCAUGGGAACAACAUCUCGAUGCUCGCCGACGGAGUCUUCAGAGACUUGGAGUCCAUCUCGCAUGUCGCUCUCGGCUCCAACCCCCUCUACUGCGACUGCUCGACCCGCUGGCUCUCCGAAUGGGCCAAGAACGCGGGCGAGUACGUCGAGCCCGGCAUAGCUCGCUGCGCCGACCCGCCCGCCAUGAGAGACAAGCUCAUACUUAGCACGCAAUCUUCAGCGUUCAUUUGCAAAGGCAAGCCCCCAUCCGACAUCGUGUCAAAAUGCGACCGCUGCUACAACAACCCGUGCCGCAACGGCGGCGCCUGCUCCGCCACCGCGUCCGGGGGCUUCAAGUGCUUGUGCGCAAGAGGCUUCCACGGAGCGACGUGUGAUGCGCAGAUAGAUGCGUGUUAUGGCGAGCCGUGUGCGAAUGGAGUGUGUCAACUGCUUGAAGAAGGACGGUUCCACUGCUCCUGCCAGCCCGGCUACACCGGUGUGCGUUGUGAAGUUAACAUCGACGACUGCGCAGCGCACCGCUGCCAGAACAAUGCCACUUGUAUCGAUCAAUUGGAGGGAUACUCUUGCCAAUGUGCGCCCGGAUAUAUGGGCGACUUCUGCGAGAAGAAAAUCCCCUUCUGCACAUCAGAGUUCAACCCUUGCGCCAACGGGGCGACCUGCACCGACCACGGCAGCCAUUAUUCGUGCACCUGCCCUCGGGGGUACUCCGGACAGAACUGCACCACUAACGCUGACGACUGCGUCAACCAUAUGUGCCAGAAUGGCGCCACUUGCGUGGACGGUCUCGACGAGUACAAAUGCGUCUGCUCCGCUGGAUACGCCGGCCGUUACUGCGAAGCCGCGCCUCACGCUGCACUUGGAACUUCUCCCUGUGCCCAUCAUGACUGUGUACACGGAGUGUGCUAUCUGCCCACUGCCGCGCUGGCGCUGCAGGACGACAUUAUGAUGGAGCGCAUGCACAACGCGCCGGGCGACUACCUCUGCAAGUGCGCGCCCGGCUACUCUGGCCGCCUCUGCGAGUACCUCACAUCGCUCACGUUUAACCACAAUGACUCAUUGGUUGAACUGGAGCCACUGCGCACGGCACCCCAAGCUAAUGUCACUCUCGUAUUCAGCACAACUCAGCACCACGGCGUGCUGAUGUACUUCGGCGACAAUGAACAUCUCGCUGUUGAGCUGUUCAACGGUCGCAUACGCAUCAGCUACGACGUCGGCAACCAUCCCACUUCUACCAUGUAUAGUUUUGAGAUGGUGUCAGACGGCGCGUAUCACAAGGCGGAAUUAGUCGCAGUCAAGAAAAACUUCACUUUGCGGGUCGACGACGGACCGGCACGCUCCAUCAUCAAUGAAGGCAACAAGGAAUACCUCCGGCUUGAACGGCCCAUGUACAUCGGCGGUGUGCCAGAAGAUGUCGCUAGGGACGCCUUUAGCAAGUGGCAUCUCCGGAACAUCACCAGCUUUAAAGGUUGCGUGAAAGAAGCAUGGAUCAACCACAAGCGGGUGGACUUCGUGAACGCGGCGCGCAUGGCGCGCACGGCGGCGGGCUGCGGCGAGGACGAGCCCGCGCCGCCGGCCCCGCCCUCCGUGCUGCAGGACCCCCACCACUCCCCGGAUCCUUGCGUCCCGAAUCCUUGCGCGCGCGGCGGGCGCUGCGUGCGCGAGGACGGGCCUUCAGACUAUUCUUGCCGUUGUCGCGCAGGCACCGCCGGUGCGCAGUGCGAGCUGCGCACAUCUAUUGGGGGCGCGCCUGUGAUCACUCAGAAGAUGCCGCAACGUAAGAUGGCCAUCAACAACGUCCAAGCUUCACCAGCCGCCCCGUCUCACAAACAGCAGGCCGAGCACGCGCCCGCCGCCGCACCCAAUGGAGCAUGUCGAAAGGAAGCGACCCGCGAAUACAUAGUGGAGGGCAGCUGCCGCAGCCGCCGCGCUGUCCGCUCCGCGCGCUGCGCCGGCGCCCGCAGCGGUUGCGGCAAGCAGCACUGCUGCGCGCCGCGCAAGACCAAGAAGAGGAAGAUCCGACUGGUCUGCCCCGACGGCACGCGCAUGAGCAAGGACAUCGAGAUCGUGCGCAAGUGCGCGUGCGGGAAGAAGUGCGUGCGCACCACCCCUUUCCACUAAAGACUGUACCUUAGGCCCAGGGCAUGUCACAGACAAUGGCAUUUAAAUAGGCUAGCUAGUCCGUCUACUUUAUCCUCACUAGGCACAAUGUCCUAUUUUUAGGAAAAUUUAAAUGUCAUUACGGUCCUCGAAAACCAAAACCAGACACUUUAUACUAAUACUUUGGAAAUAAUUGUCCUAACCUAUAAAAACGUCAACUUUUCCAUUGAAUAUCUCUAAAAAAAAACUAUUUUAUUCCGUUUCUAAAGUAAAUUAAAUGCCAUUUGUCUGUUAAUAUAAUAUACAUUGGGCCUAACAAAAAUUGAUUUUAGACUUGUUAGUUUACAUAAUGACUGAAUAGUUUUUGUAUAAACUAACAAAUUUGAAGUUAUUACUCCGUUUUAAUUUUUAACUGUCAACACUGCCCUUUUAAUGAUAAAAUUGACUUUUUAAAUCUCAUUAGAAAACCAAAACUCCCAGAAUAGUAGUUUUUUUCUGAACUGGCAACAUUCUUGACAGGACUGAAGCAACGCGCCAACUGACAAUAAAUUUCGAGCGUGAAACUUGUUUGUAGCGAUAGGUCACGGGUAGACUUGAUGAAAUAACGAAUUUACCAAAUGUACAUGUACGAACGUAGUGGCGGCCUAAAAACGUAAAAUGUAAAGGUUUCUCAAAUAUAUUACAUUUAGAAUUAUCUUUAGAGGUACCAUUUUAAAAUUAGUUGAUAUCUUGAUUUGUUUGGACAAAGAUU